AUGCCGCAUGGAUGGCCAAUCCACGUGACCCGCACGCCGGUGCCUGCCUCUGUGCCAGACCUGCCUUCCUCGAAGGACCACGGAGGGGCGAAGCGGGGGGCGGCGUCUUUCGGAGAUGCCCCAGUCACCACUUCCUGUCCUCACUGCCACAAAGCCAUCACGACGACCAUCUCCUACAGGCACUCUUGUCUCGGAGUCACGAUCUGUCUCGUCACGGCUCUGCUGCUCGGCUGGUACGCCUUCUGCCUCGUUCCUUUCCUCUGGCUAGGCCUCAAGGAUGCAGUUCAUACCUGCCCGUCAUGCAGAAAUCUGAUUCAUCGCCACUCUCGGAUCCACAUCCCCAUUACUUCUCUCCGGGACGAGGUCGUUACCGUCAAGUGCGGGAGCUGUGCGGUGGUUCUGUCUCGUCGCUAUUUUCUGCUGUUCUUCGUCAUUCUGUUUCUUAUUCUUCUCUUCUACGUCUUGCGUGCGGGAUGGCUCGGCACCGCCUUAGAUGUCAUCCCGAAAGGGCCCAUGGUCUCUUCCUCCUGGCAGGACUUCUACCGGGAGUGCGGACAGAAGAGUCAGCUGGGCAAUCCACUGCAGGCUGCAGGGAACUUCCGCGAGCACUUCCUGGGCAAAACCGUCAAGUGGGAGGGUCUCGUGAAGCAAGUCAAGGAGGGGACCUUCAGCUCGAACUUCCUCUUUCUCGUGAUGUAUCCAACGAUGACCGCUGAAGGCCGCGGAAGCUUGGGAAGCCGCGACGGGAGCUGGAGCUCUGCGGAGCGAGGAGGUGACUCGACUUUGGCUUCCCUCUUGAUGGAGGACGAAGCCGGAGAGGCUGGAGAGAAGAGGAAAGCGGACGCGCGACAAGAGGAGGACGACCUCCUUGCUCUUGACGAAGAAAAUCGAGGGAUGCGGGGAGACGGAGCUGACCUCGCGUUCGCCUUCAGUGAAGAUCUGAACGAAAAAGUCGCGCAACUCGUCCCUGGGGACAAAGUGGCUUUCGAAGCGACUCUCGUCGAACUCGGAAGAAGAGGCAAGCCGUCGCUCGGGCGGCUCUGGGCGGUGUCUGUGCUGGAGAAAUGGGAGGAGCGGAAGAAGCGACUGCGCGAGAAAGCCGAAGAAGAAAGCACCUUCCUGCAGCGUCUGUUUCCGUCUCUGGGGUCGCCCUUUGGCGGCUUCAGUCCGCUGUCACUGAUGGGCUCUCUGGGCGGCCGUGGGGUGAUUAUCGUCAGACGACAAGUCAUCGCCUCGGACAGCUCGUCUCCCUUCGCCUCCGCGGGAGGCCUGUGGUCAUCGUCAGGCGGCUUUCCAGGCGACGACGAAUCCGACGGAGUCGUGCGUGUCGUGGACCCGCGCGCUUCUUUGUCGGAAAACACAGAAGAGCGUGGAACUCCAGUGCAGAAGAAGAAGCGUUCGCCCGACGCCGUUGAUUCAGAAGCUUCCUCUGACCAUGGGAGGAAGCCCCGUGCGACAGGCGAAGGAUCGAUAGCGAAUCGACUCGCUCAGAGCGCCCCCACGCUCUUUGGCUUGAUGGGCCGAGUGGCGGGAGACGACGAGAACUCCUGGGAGAAUCUUGUGCAGAAACUUCGAGAGGAGAGAACAGAGGGGAAGGGGAAGGCAGAGGAGCGCAACCGUCGAGGAGAAGGUGCAUUUGCAGCUGCGCACGACGACGAAGAGGAGGGACCGGGAAACGUCGGCGGCGCCGAGAAACGCGUGGGGGGGGGUCUGUACUGGGGCAACUGGGAGGAAGACUAUGGAGACGUCGACGAGGAGAAUGAGGGCGAAUCUGACGAAGCGGAGAGAGGCGAGGCGGUAGCGGAAAACGCGGGUCAGCCUGUGGUGGAAUCGAAACCGGCAGAGACGCCCAAGACGCCAGAGGAGAAGAAGGCGGAGACGGGACGCGACAGGAAGACUCAACCAGAGGAGAAGGAGCAGCCUCGUCGGAAGUCCGCUGAGAAGCAGGCGAUUCCCGGCUCGUUCACAGACAAGGAGGGAGGAAAGCACGCUGGUGGCGACGCAGAGAACGUCAGGAAAACGACAUCAGACGACACAGCUAAUCGAGGAUCUGCGGCUGGCGCUCCGAAGGCGACACAAACAAGGAAAGCAAAACACAAUCCACCUGCCGAAAGAAACACUAAAAGUCCUCAAACACGCACGCCCAAGGCAGCGUCUCCUCCUCCUUCUCGUCCUCCUUCUCCUUCUCGCUCCCCUCCCUCACCUUCUCCAUCUGCUUCUCCAUCUCCUGGCUCCCCUCCCUCACCUUCUCCAUCUCCUUCUCCCUCUCCUUCUGGCUCCCCUCCCUCACCUUCUCCAUCUCCUUCUGGCUCCCCUCCCUCACCUUCUCCAUCUCCUUCUCCCUCACCUUCUCCCUCUCCUUCUGGCUCCCCUCCCUCUCCUUCUCCUCCGUCUCCGCCUUCUCCUUCUGUCCUGUCUCAGGGUCCUUCUGUGCAUUAG